AUCAAGCUACAGAGAAGGAGUCAUUUCAAGCAUCUCCACAGAGUGAAACAGCAUGAAUCUCAGAGCUUCCCUGUCUCUUCUAGUGCUGCUGCUAGGCCUCUCUCAGGCCAUUCCUGUCAUGGAAAAUGAGAUAGAAGACAAUUUUCUUCCAGAAGAAGAAGAAACUGUGGACAUGACAGCAAGGAUCCUGGACUCAAACAAAAGAUACAGUGAAGUGUUGGUGGAGGGUGAUCUGGUUGUACCAAAAACCAGGACUGCUGUGAACUGUUGGAACAACCACUGCUUGUGGAAGAAAUCUUCUAAUGGACUGGUGGAGGUGCCUUACACAUUGAGUAGUGACUUCUCCUAUUAUGAGAAAAUGAAAUUAGAAUAUGCCUUAGCUACGUUCCACAGAAAAACCUGCGUUCGCUUUGUUCCCCGUUCAUCUCAGAAUGACUACGUCAGCAUUGAGAACAGAAAUGGGUGCUUCUCAUCUCUAGGCAGAUCAGGAGGGAAACAGGUGGUAUCUCUUAACAAGUAUGGCUGUCUUCACAAUGGCAUCAUUCAGCAUGAGCUCAGCCACGCUCUGGGUUUCUACCAUGAGCAAACCAGGAGCGACCGUGACCAGUAUGUCAGGAUCAACUGGGAAUACAUCUCACCUUCCGUGGCUUACAACUUCUAUGUACAAAACACCAAUAAUCUAGAUACACCAUAUGACUACUCCUCUGUAAUGCAUUAUGGAAGAACUGCCUUUUCCAAUCAGUAUGGGAAGGAAACUAUCACUCCUAUUCCGGAUGAAUCUGUGCAAAUCGGGCAAUCACAAGGUCUGUCAGACAUUGACAUCCUGAGGAUUAACAAACUGUAUGACUGCAACAUGUGAAGUGCUUUUAAUGUACAACUUCUGUUAGUCACCAGAGAUUAAAUAUGGUUUACUUGUCAAUGAAUUUCAAUAAAACAUUGAGUUAUGAUAAUGUUA